UAGCUUCGCUGGCGUGCGGGCUAUUCAAUGGAAAACGAAAGCUAUUACUGUUCUUCUCAUGGCGUCCAGCAGCGUAAAUGACCCAAGUCAAGGGAACAGCUACCAGGAGAACUUCAGCUGCUCUGAGAGUAACUCUGAGAGCAGUGCUACAGAAGAGGAAUCAGACAGUGAUGCAGCAGGACCCAGUCAGAGGCACACUCCAUCUACCUCAGCCCAGUGUCAGCAGGAUCAGGAAGAGCCUUGCCGGUACUACAACAGCGGUUGCUGCCGGGAUGGGAAAAGAUGCCACUACCGACACAUCUGCAAAUAUGCCUUGAGAGGCAACUGUCGCUAUGGAGCCAAGUGUCACCUCAAGCACCCCAGCUCCUCCUCUGACAGGGAUGGAGGUGGUGGGAGGAGGGACAGAAGGAGGUCUUCAUCUGGAGGGAGAGGAGGAGGGAGGGAGGGAGAGGAGGCGACCGGGCCAGGGAAAGGUCUUCAUCUAGAGGUGAGACAUGUACUAGGCUGUAAUAAGGUCAGGGAGGGAGGGAGAGGAGGAGACCGGGCCAGGGAAAGGUCUUCAUCUAGAGGGGCUCAGCGUGACUUUAGCGGGCCCUACAAAUGGCAGUUGGAAGAUGGACAUGGCUGGAAGGACAUAGCCAACGAUCACAUUCUGGAGGCACAGUACUCCCAACCCAACAAUAAGGGCAUCAAUAUCUACAACACCCCCUACGGAGCAGUGAGUAUUGAUUUCAAGGCGAUGAGAGUCCGCGGUAAGAAGAAUCUGAGGGUGAGGCGUUUGGAUGGUCAGCAGACAGAGUGGAUCUGGUUCUACUCAACUAGCAAAGGCUGGAUCAAGUAUGGAGAAAAGGAUUCCAAGGGAAACCCAGGCCCCAUCCAGAGUUCUGAGAUCGAGCAGAAAUUCCAACGCAACCGUAACGGUUGUCUUACAUUCAACAUCGGCUCCGAUACCUUCGAGAUCCGAUUCAGACAAAUGAGACAGGUGAACGGCAAGAGGAAGAGGAAAGUUGUCCGUCGUCCACAGUACCAACCACCUCAAAGCGGAAAUCUAAUUGGUCGAGUGACGUCUGCUUUCCAGAGAGUGAAGAUGUCCCCAGCGGGCCAGAGUGAAUCUCCAGAGUGGCAGUUUGGGGGGAAAAGUGGGCGAUGGCACACCUUCAAAGACAGUGCUGACAUUGAAGACCAGUACCAGCAGGACUUCAAUGGAUCCAUGUCCUUCACUGUCAACGGACAGACCUACAAGCUGGACUUUUCAGCCAUGAAGCAAACCAACCAGUCUACAAGGGUGACGCGCAACAUCAGGCGUGUCUAGAGAGCAUGAGGAACAACUCAACACUCCAACAUCAUCAUUGCUGUUUAUUUUAGGGGACGUAGAAUUGUUGGGUUGCUAUUGUUUACAUGCAAGAACCUGCCAUUAGAUCACGAACGAGAAAUACAUGCCUAUUGCAGAAAAGGACUACAGAUAAUGGAUAUACUCCUGUAUACACUGUGUAUGAAACAACAUGCACAAUAACAAACUGUUUACCUUUUUCUGUGUGUUUAUUUUUUUUGCCCCGCAAAAGCAAAGUGCAGUAUCUGCAAAUUUGGUAAAAAACAUUUGAUCUGUUGUAAUGGCCUGGUGUAAUAUGUGAUAAUAAGGCAUUUAGUUUCCUGACAAGAACAACCCAGUCAAUCAGAAUAUAUCAUGAAGUACCAAAAAUUGCUGUAUGUCUGUGUAACGGAUGUGGAAUGGCUAGCUAGUUAGCGGUGGUGCGCGCUAAUAGCCUUUCAAUCGGUGACGUCACUUGCUCUGAGACCUUGAAGUAGUGUUGCCCCUUGCUCUGCAAGGGCCGUGGCUUUUGUGGAGCGAUGGGUAACGAUGCUUCGUGGGUGACUUUUUGAUGUGUGUAGAGGGUCCCUGGGUCGGGGCGAGGGGACGGACUAAAGUUAAACUGUUACAUCUGGACAGAAAAAGACUUUGAAGUCAGAUUUUGCUGUUAAUUAUUUUAAUCAGAUAUUGCACUUUGCCUUUGUAGGGUAUGCAUAUAUGAGGAAUGCUGUAGCAGACUGCCAUGAUCAAGUAACUGGGACAUUUAGUUAGUUGUGUGCAUGAUGUUGAAAUGUAGGUCAUACAUUUUUAUCUCAGGUGUUGUUCGAAAAGACCGGAAUAUUCAAAGCCCUCAUUAAAUAAGUCUUAAUAUUUUAAUUUAAUCAUUUAUUUGAAUCAAGGGUCAUAGCCAGUUAUAUAUAUACACAUCAUUGGUCAUCUAGCUUGUGUUCAUUUCUAACAUGGUUGUUCAGAAUAAACAGCCCACUGACUGCCUUGUACUUUACCCCUAGAUGAGUUACAUUUUUAUUGCUGCAAUAAAUUCUCAGAAGAACUGUGAGUAAACAAAUUCUGUUACGAACAGUUGAACAGUUUGACUUUUAGCAAUGAUGAAUUGAUUAGGUUUUAUGAAAAUCAAUGCAAUACAAUCUACAGUAAUGUGGUAGUAACAAUGUUGGAAUAACACUGCGUUAAAAUGUUCCUAUAAAGGGGCCUGACGCUUGUCCUUGGUACCUCAAUAUGAUUGAAAGCUUAAACUGCCGUAUUGUUACUGUACACACUGAAUAAAGACAAAAACAGUAUAUGUUUCCAUGUAAUAAGGUUUUGAUUAAAAGCUGAAUAAAAUCUGAAAUGUU